AUGGCCCCAGAUGCCAGCUCCCUGCGGCUGUGCCGGGCAGAGGCGUUCGUGGCGCUGGGGCAGCACCAGCAGGCACUGGAGGACCUGGACGCCGUAUGCAGGGCUGAGCCUGGAGAACAUGAGAUCCUCACACCAGAGGAUGCUCCUCAGCCAUGCAUGGCUUCUGCACUCCUGGAUGAUGUUCAUGGGGGCUUGGCUGGUCCCCAAGUCAAUGGAAGGAACCUGGUGCUCCCAUCGUCUUCCGCACAAGCUCAGGACCAGGAGGGAGAACCUUUGCACAGCAGAGGGGAUGCUGGCUCUGAGCAGGACCAGGGGACAGCCCCCCUUUCCCAGCUGGAGCGAUGGCAGGAAUUGGAACUGGGGACUUUGGCAGAGAGGCAGGGCCAGAGGUUGGCAGGUAAUGCAGAGGAAACAGAGGCAGCAAAGUGUACCCAGACAUGCCUUGAGGAGCUGCUGAGCCUAUCUGACUUGGAGUGCUCCCUCUGCAUACGGAUGUUCUUCGAGCCGGUGACGACGCCGUGUGGACACACCUUCUGCAAGGAGUGCCUGGAACGCUGCCUGGACCAUCGGCCCAACUGCCCCCUCUGCAAACAGAGCCUGAGAGAGUACCUAAAGGCUGGAAGCUACAGCCCCACGGUGCUGCUGCAGGACAUCAUGCUGGCCACCUUCCCCUCACAGCUGGCCGAGCGCCGGGAGCUGCACCAGGCUGAGAUGGCAGAGCUCUCCAACCUGACCAAGAACAUCCCCAUCUUCGUAUGCACGAUGUCCUUCCCAGGCAUUGCCUGCCCCCUGCACGUCUUCGAGCCCCGCUACCGCCUCAUGAUCCGGCGCUGCCAGGAGACGGGCACGAGGAGGUUUGGCAUGUGUGUGUAUGAGAACGGGAAGAGUUUUGCUGACUAUGGCUGCAUGCUGGAGAUUCGGCAGAUUGAGCUGCUGGCGGACGGGAGGUCCUUGGUGGACACCGUCGGCAGGCGGCGGUUCCGGGUGCUGAGCCGGGGACACAGGGACGGCUACAACACUGCUGACAUCGAGUACCUGGAGGAUAGGAAGGUGGCUGGGGAGGAGCUGCAGGAGCUUCAGUGCCUACAUGAGAGCACCUACCGCUUGGCUCAGCGGUUCUGUGAGCACAGAGACCUGGCCUCCAGGCACACCUUGGUGCAGCAUGGACCACUGCCAGAGAAGGAAGAGGACAUCCAGGCUUCAGCAGAUGGCCCGACAUGGUGCUGGUGGCUCAUCUCCAUCCUGCCCCUUGACCCGUCCUACCAGCUGCACCUCUUCUCCACCACCUCCCUGCGCUCCCGCCUGUCCCAGCUGCAGCGCAUCCUGGCCGCCCUGCUGCAGCCGCCCCCUGCCCGGCACCUGCUGCCUGAGCUCAGCCCCCGGGGCCAUGUCUGA